ACCCUUAACCAUAGGGUUUGAAACUUCUGAGUCCGCCCCUCCAUGUUUGAACUUUGAAUUGAGAGCUUCGGAUCGUCUUACUCGCCCACAAGUCUACUUAUCGCUCUUCAUCUGUAGAUCUUCCUUACAACUGAUUGGAUCUUCAAAUGCACACCAUUUUGGUCGUUUCAUCGUUUAUAUGUUAUUCUGGCAUCUUAUCUGAAGCUCAGCUCGAACCCCGUGCCUGAUACUUGUUAGAGUAAUUAUAAUGAUUUGGAGUGCUAAUUCUGGACGGAAUUGCAUUCAAGUAGGAUUUGGGGUAUGCUAUUUUGCUUGUCUUCCAACAAACUAUGGAAGGUGACAAGACAACCCCAGCUCCAUCAGAUGGGCUCAGUGACAGUGUUCAGAAAAUUAGAGCCCUGCAUGGGCGAACUAGUGGCCCUACCAGGCGUUCUACGAAAGGACAGUGGACUCCUGAAGAGGAUGAGAUCUUGCGGAAGGCAGUUCAACGUUUCAAAGGAAAGAAUUGGAAGAAAAUUGCGGAGUGUUUCAAGGAUAGAACAGAUGUACAAUGCCUACAUAGGUGGCAGAAAGUCUUAAAUCCAGAACUGGUCAAAGGUCCAUGGUCCAAAGAGGAAGAUGAAAUAAUAAUUGAUUUGGUGAACAAAUAUGGGCCAAAAAAAUGGUCUACUAUUGCACAGCACUUGCCCGGACGAAUUGGUAAGCAAUGCCGAGAAAGGUGGCAUAAUCAUCUCAAUCCUGCUAUAAACAAAGAGGCAUGGACCCAAGAAGAGGAGUUGGCUCUAAUACGUGCGCAUCAAAUUUAUGGGAACAGAUGGGCCGAGUUGACGAAGUUCUUGCCUGGAAGGACGGACAAUGCUAUAAAAAAUCACUGGAACAGUUCUGUCAAAAAGAAAUUGGAUUCUUACUUGGCAUCAGGUUUGCUUAUACCCCAAGUUGGACGUCCAAAUCAACCCAUGGUUUCCACAUCUUCGAGGUUACUUUGUAGUGGAGAUGAUAGUGGUCAGAAGGGAAUUGGAGAGGAAGUUUCAGAGUGUAGCCAAGAGUCUGCUAGUGCUAGUCGUCCACCGAUUGCCCAAGAAAUGACGAAGGUUGUUUUACAUACUAGAGAAGAAACCAGGCCAACUGAAUGUUCUAGUCUAGGAAAGGAGCAAAGUCCUAGUCAAGCAUCAUGUUCAGACCCAUAUUAUAUACCACUGGAUGAUGUUACCAUAUCCAACUCAGACAUGGCUCGUGAAGAGGCUUCCUCUUCUCAAUUCACUGAGCAAAACUACUCACACGAGCCUGGAAAGUCUGCAGGCAUGGAUAAUGGAUCCCACUUGCAUGCUUUACCCGGUAUUUCAUCAUUGGACUUGGGUCAGGAAUUCUCGCUUUUGCAAGGAGAUUGUACAGUUUCUGAUGAGAGCCAUGACGUUGUGAAUGUUCAAUUUCAUACUUCAGUUGGGUUAGGUGUCGCAACACCUGUUGAUCCCACGUCUAUGGAUUCUUCUAAACCAGAGGACAUGUUAAUAGCUGGUGAAGAAUGUUGUGGAAUUCUAUUUUCAGAUGCAAUGAAUGAUGGGACCUUUCCCUCUCGAGAUCAUAACAAAGGUGUUGAUAUGGUUUUGUCUGCAUGCACUUCAAAUCUUUUCCAAUCACCUGAGAUCCAGAUAUCUGAUGCUGGUCGAACCUCAGCUGCGUUUAAAACUUGUCCAACAAGAUACAAUAAUUUAAUAGAAUCUUCAUGCUGCCAAUCUUUCCCAAUUGUUCCCUCGUCGCUUUCAGCUAAUGAUGGUAGAGUAGUGUACACUGCUGAAGCCGCUCAAUUAUAUGGAGGAGAUGAUCAGCACAUUGCCUCCAGUGCACGUGACAGCUUCAUUUACCCCAACGACUCAUCCAUCUCAACUUGCAUAGAUAUUAUAGAUAGUGCUGAAUUGCAUGAUGGACCCAAUAUUGUGAAUGAUGCCUUAAGAUUGGUCCCUGUAAAUAAUUUUACCUGUGCAUCGGAUGCUCAGCAAACUCGUAAUCCUAUGGAUGAAAAGACAGAUGUGCAAACAGAACAGGAGGACACAGGAUCUCUAUGUUAUGAACCUCCUCGAUUUCCAAGCUUGGAUAUUCCCUUCUUCAGCUGUGAUCUAAUACAACAUGGAGGGGAUAUGCAGCAAGAUUUCAGUCCGCUGGGUAUCCGCCGGCUCAUGAUGUCUUCAGUGAACAGUCCAACUCCAUUGAUGCUGUGGGACUCACCAUCUCGUGAUGAUAGUCCAGAUGCUUUCUUGAGAAGUGCUGCAAAAACUUUCACUGGUACACCAUCCAUAUUAAAGAAGCGACGCCGGGACUUGUUAUCACCAUUAUCAGAUAAGAGAAUUGAGAAGAAACAUGAGACCGACAUGACAUCCACGUUGACUACACAUUUUUCACGUUUGGAUGUCAUGUUUGAUGACAAUGAAGCUCAGGCCGCAAAUAUGCUUCCUCCAUCUUCAAUACAGAAGAAUAAAAACGGAACCUCUGAUGAUGAUAAAGAAAAUUAUAGGCCAGCUUUGAAAGGAGAACAUCUAGAGGGAAAAAAGGAAUCUAACAUUUUGAGGUGCAAAGAGUCAGAAAAAGAUACCGAUGAAAAUACUCGGGACGCUGAUUCGAAGAUGGAGACUGAUGUUGACGCUACUGCUGCAGCUGAGAUUGUGCAGCAAGCUUCCGGAGUCUUGAGCGAACAUGAUAUGAAUGACUUGCUAUUGUAUUCUCCAGAUCAAAUUCAUUUUGGCUCGGAUAGUACUCACAGUUCAAGAGCUAAAACCCCCAAAAACCUCAACAACAGAAGCUUGGAAGCAGUUCCGAAUCAGAAUAUCCCUCCAAAAUCAUUUUAUGUAAAUCCAUACACAAGUGAUUGCUCUCCUUCUGUUCGUGCAAAGGAGCAUGAAAUUUCUUCAGCCCGACCAUCUCAUUGUUCAUCUGCCCCCGGGGAGAAUACUGGUGAUCAUACUAGGGAUGAUGCUGGUUUUGAAACAUUCAACAUAUUUGGUGGAACACCUUUUAGAAGAAGCAUCGAAUCACCUUCAUCAUGGAAGUCCCCUUGGUUCAUUAACACUUUUCUGCCUAGCCCCAGAAUUGAUACUGAGAUAACGAUUGAGGAUUUUGGGUAUUUAAUGAGCCCAGGCGAUAGAAGCUACGAUGCAAUUGGAUGGAUGAAGCAGGUCAAGGAACAAACUGCGGCUGCAUAUGCCAAUGCUGAGGAGAUUUUGGAAAUUGACACUCCCAAAGCAAAAGAUGCAUCUGGAAAUGCCGGGGAUGUGGACCAGGAAAGAAGAGAUCCUCAUAAUCAGCCUGGCAAUCAUUUUCAGUUAGCUUCUUCAAACGCUUUGAUGGAGCGACGGGUUCUCGACUUUAGUGAAUGCGGAACACCAGGAAAGGAGAACAAAUCUUCAGCUAUGACCUUCUCUAGCCCCUCUUCAUAUUUGUUGAAAGGGUGUAGAUAGCUGCCUGUUAAUUGUUAUAAUUAAAGGUCCAGUUGAUUGGGGUUUGUAAUUCUUGUGACAAUUAUAUUUAGAUUCUCCGUUGAUUAGGGUUUGCAAUUCUUGUGACAUUUAUAUUUAUAUUUAUAGAAUGUAUUUUUAAAA